AUGAUAUGCGCAGGAACAAAACCGCACGCAGCCGGACUCCUGACUCAGACGCUGCGACUGUCCAUCGCGGCCCACGCGUCUCGGCUUCCCAUCACCAGCAGAAGAUGCAAAUCCGGCCCUUACGGCUAUACUCAAGCCAAGGCGCUUGUCUUUUCUAAACACGGUGAGCCGUCUGAUGUUCUCAGACUCCAUACACAUUCUAUUUCUCCUUCAAUCCCGCAAUCAUCUGUCCUCGUCCGAUCCCUCGCCGCGCCGAUCAAUCCAGCAGACAUAAACACAAUACAAGGCACAUAUGGCUCUAAACCCGCCUUCACCUCACUGAUUGGCACUGCCGAGCCAUCAAUCACGCCGGGAAACGAGGGAGUCUUCGAAGUUGUGUCUGUUGGUGGUGCUAUCAAUGAGCUCCGAAAGGGCGACUGGGUCAUCCCAGCUGUCUCACAGAUAGGAACAUGGCGAACACAUGCUAUAUUUGACUCGAAUCAGCUCCUCAAGGUUGCCAAGGAAGGGUUGACAGUAACCCAGGUGGCAACCGUGAGCGUCAAUCCAUGUUCUGCUUACAAAAUGCUUCGCAGCUACGGGCCAAGCGCAGGGCUCAAGGCUGGCCUUGGAAUGAAGCCCCUCGACGUGGGCAGCGGACAAUGGUUCAUCCAGAAUGGUGCCAAUUCUGGCGUUGGAAGGGCAGCAAUCCAGUUUGGAAAGCUCUGGGGAUUGAGGAGCAUCAACGUUGUCCGCGAUAGAGAAUCCGCCAAAGCGACAGAGUCUCUCAAGCAAGAGCUGCGCCAACUAGGUGCUGACGUCGUAGUUACAGAAUCGCAAUUUCUGUCUCGCGAAUGGAAGGACCAACUUGCCGAAAUCACGCGCAAUGGCCGCGACAACAUCGGUCUUGCGCUGAACUGUGUCGGAGGCAAAUCCGCCACGACGCUGGCAAGGGCCCUGGGCGACGGCGGUACACUGGUCUCGUAUGGCGGCAUGUCGAGGCAGCCUAUCGUCCUUCCUGUUGGGCUACUAAUCUUCAAAGACAUUCGUUUUGUCGGAUUUUGGCUCUCCAACUGGAAUGAGCGCGAUGCAGUAGGCAAGAAGCACAUGGUUGAUGACAUUCUUGACAUGAUGCGUCGGGGUAAAUUUUCUGACGUGCCCACCGAAGAUGUCCCGUGGAAUUGGGAGACUGAGGAGAAGCAGCUUCGGGAUGCUGUAGAAUGCGGGCUCACGGGAUUCAGAUCCGGGAAAGGCAUCUUUAUAUUUGGUGAAACUUGA